AUGAGUGUUCAUCAAACUCCAACGCCGCUAUCACGGCUCCUACCGCCGCUCAUCCUUGGGGGCGCAGGCUUCAGUCACCAAGUCUUUCGAAAUCCCAACUCGGGCCAGGCGCUGGAGGUACUCAAACGCGCAUUUGAACUUGGAAUAAGGGCUAUCGAUACCUCUGCAUACUACCACCCAUCCGAGAUUCUUUUGGGGGAAGCUUUGUCACAUCCCGAUAUCACAAAUUCCUAUUCGCGUGACCAAUAUUUUUUGAUGACCAAGGCUGGUCGAAUCAGUUCGGACAAGUUUGAUUACUCUCCAGCAUGGAUACGGCAUUCGGUGCUACGAUCACUUCUACGCCUGCGAACAGACUAUUUAGACGUCGUGUUUUGUCACGAUGUGGAGUUUCUCCCAGAACACGAAGUACUUCAAGCCGUCGGGGUCUUGAUUGAUAUGGUCCAUGAAGGUCACAUCCGAUAUAUUGGAGUAUCUGGAUAUCGUAUUGAUAUCCUCACACGCCUUGCCGACCGUGUCCAGAAACAAUAUAAUCGUCCUUUGGAUAUUGUGCAAAAUUGGGCGCAAUUGACGCUUCAGAACGAUCGGCUAGCAUCUGGGUUGUCAGAUUUUCAAAAUUCAGGAGUCUCUUGUGUUUGUAGCUCGAGUCCACUGGCAAUUGGGCUUCUCCGUGAAAAUGGUGUGCCGGUUGGCGAUUUGGGCGACUUUCACCCUGCGCCGCCAGGAUUGCGGGAAGCAGCGCAAGCUGCUGCUGAAUAUGUGGCCUCGCGCGGUGAAUCUCUCGCAUCGUUAGCUUUGCGAUAUGCUAUUCGCCGAGCCCAAGUAGAAUCUUCUGAUAAUUUUCGCGUAACGACAAUCAUGGGCAUUACUUCUGUUGCAGAACUGGAAGAAAACCUAAAGUCAGCCAGAAAGGUUCUUCGGCCAAUAGGACAAAACAAUUCAUGGGGUUGGACUAGUAAUGAGAAGGCCAGUGACUCGGAUGCGAGUGAGCUCGAUCAAGAGAUAGAGAUAUGUGCUAAAGUGCAAGGCAUACUUGGGAAAUGGCGAAACUAUAGCUUCCCCAGCCCAGGAGAUGGCUGGGAUGUGGCUAAUAAACAACCAGUUCAAACAAAACUAUGA